GUAUUGGUGCCGCUCCUCCCAGCACUUCAAGCACUGCCGCUGCACCCGCUAUCGAUCCGAAUGCACUCAUUCAAGGACUAACGAAUGCUGUGACAGCAAAAAUUCAAACAGUUAACCAACUUGUUGGGGGUUUGGUCCAAGCGAAAGUAAACUUGAAGCAGAGCUUACUCAAAAAUGUCCUGAGCACUGUAAAUAGUGUCAGCGCUGCUAUUCCGAAGCCGACUUAUAUUACGAAAACCAUUCGUAUACCGAUUUGGGUGAAAGGCGUUGCUGUACCUGCUGCUCCAGCUGCGACAACAACUAUAUCCUCAGCUGCACCGGAACCGGAAGCCGCAACGACGACUGCUCAAUCGGCCGGCUAUGCCUAUAGACACAGACACCGAUACUAAAGAUAAAUUAUGUGCUAUGCGUAGAAAAGAUUAAGUUUUAGAAAGUCAUAGAAAAAAACCGAAUGGAUAUACGAUUAUAUUUGUGUAAAUAAGUAUUUAACGAUCAUUUCUUCAUAUGUCAUAUGUAUGUAUGUAUUGCUUACAAUACUGAAAAU